GGGUCAUUCUAUAUUCUUCUUCUUGCUGCUGGGCUAGAGCUGCGCAAAACAAUAGCUGAAGUUGGGGGUCAUAUUUUUUCCGAAGUUGGUCAGAUGCUGAGGUGGCCUGAGACCAGCUCCACACCAACAUUGAUAACAGGUUCCAUAAUCCCCACCAUCGCCUGGAUUAGAUCCAGAAUGCCAAUGUCUUUGGAAAUUUUAUUUUGCCCUUCAUUUAUUAAGUGUGCAGGUAUUGGAGAGAUAUUGGACUGUAUGAAUCUGUCCCUCACUGAUAAGGUUUUUGGCGCAUUC